UGGGUGCCGAUCGUUGGUCCGCUACCUAGCGCUCGAAACACUGCGCACGAUCGCCGUUAGUCUCGUAGUGCACUCGACAGUAUUCAGAGCGUGAACGUGAUCAGCAAACCCCAGCAGAAGCGAUGCCACGGGCUGUUAAAUGUCGUACAGAAGUGCUGAUUGUACUGCUUCUAGUGCCCGCGGUGACACUGGCGGCCAGUACCUACCCACCGAAGCAGUACAAGUGUUCCAUCAUCAAUGAGGCCGGAUUUUGUUUCGUGGAAAAUGUGCUUCUGGACGUUUCCACCAAUGGUGGAGCGACGGAGUUAAACGUUCAGUUCCCGAAGCAUCCCACACUGCUGAUCAAGUCCGGAUCGAUACCGUACUUUAGUAAGGAAGUGUUUGCACUGUUCGCUGACACUCGCCAGUUGCAUCUGUACAACAAUACCUGCAUUCGGCGGAUGUUGAUCGCCGGGACUGCCAACCUGACGGAGAUCAACGUGCAGCGCAACGGGUUGACGGAGGUGGAGGUCGAACCGGUGGAAAAUCGUGAACUGAAGGUGCUCUCCAUCGUGCACAACGCACUGGUGACUGUGCCACGCAACAUUCGCUUUCUGGUCGGACUGGAAAAGCUGUAUCUGUACAACAACUCCAUCGAGUACUUUGAUCUUGAGCUGCUCGCCAAUACGACGAGCACACUGAAGAUUCUGUCGAUCUACGAUAACCGAAUCAAGGCGAUCGAUUCCCGGUUGGGGCUUCAGUUCGUGAAGCUGCAGACCCUUUCGCUGAGCAAGAACAAGCUGACGUUUGUUCCUUACUUCAGUGAGGCUUUCCCCGCGCUGACGGUGGUGUCGCUGCGCAAAAACCCCUGGAACUGCCAAUGGUUGCGUACGGCUGCGGGGUACAUCAAGGCGCACCAGAUUCAGAUCGUGCGCAAGGAUGCGACCUGCCGGGAUCAGUGGGUGAACGAGAUCUGCUGCACACACACGGUGAUGGAUUUCUUGUUCGAUCGGCAAACGGUACAGCUCGAGCAGGAGCGUGACCUGGUGCGCAAUCUGACCAGCGCCAACCAGCGAUUGCGCGAGACGGUGCACCGGCUCGAAACCGAAGUACAGCAUCUCAAUGGCAGAUUGCCGGUGGACGAGGGGGCGGAUGCAAAAACCGACGGGAAGGCAGACGAUGCGAUCAAUCUCCAUUGAGAGCAGGGAGGGACUACGUAUAGUAGUUUUGGUGCACGUACGGUUGAGGGGAUGGCUAGAGAGAAUUUUAUUUAAUUGUAUUUAGUAUUGUUCAGGCCCAAUAAAGGUGUGUUCACGCAUGGUGCGAGUGUGAAAUGGUUUGUCAAAUUGUGCUGUGGAUUGUGCUUGAUUAAAUGGUUUCAUUGUUAACAUUUUACAAUUAUUAUUUUGUAGAGCAGAAUAUAGACAACGGUAACGAUCAUCAAUAAUAAUGAUCGGUCGAUCUUCAUGCAAAGCUAGAUAAGCUGUCAUGAGUGAACAGAUUUUCUGAUAAUGAUAGUUAUAACACUUAUAAGGGCCCUUCAUUCCAAUGAUGUCGCCAUUAAUAUCGAGUUAAAAGAUUUGUUAGAACGGCUACUAACAAGAUUUAUUCCUUAAGAAUCUUUUAUUAUAAUUAGAAUGAAUGGUUUCCAUGGUCGGCAUAUUUUUUUGUUGAUUUUUAUCAAAAGAUAUUUGAUCCUUCUUUCGUAUACCGUAAUCGAUAAUUUUUUUGAACUUAUUGUUAAGUUAAAAUACCUGUUUUCACUCUUCGAUAGUUGCCAUUUCCCACUGAACGGUUCUCCCCGUGAUUGCGUCAUAGUUAUGGGCUGUUUUGUGGAUUUUGAUAUGUUAGACUAAAUUAUCUUCUUGGGCACGAUGCCGACAGAAUCUCUCGGCAAAAGGUGUUCGAUUCUUGGUCACCUUUAACUUUUUCGCCGAAACUUUGAUUUUCUACUUUCCCCGUUGAAUAUCUGUACAUCCUUCCGAUGUUUUCUCUAAUAAAUUCUUAAUUAUUAUAGUAUAUUAACUACCUAUUCGAUCUAUAGCUUUAAAAUACUCCUUGAAUUACUCCUAUUGUUUUGAAUAUUUUUCUUAUAAUGUUGCCGAUUAUGAGUUCAAUAAUAUGUCCACCAGGUCCUUCAAAUCCAUAACACAAAUGAAUGAUUUCAGCAAAAGAUUAUUCUGAAAGUUUAUUCUUUAUUCUCUAGGAUCAAAUUUGAAAAUAAUUUUAAUGGUUUAAAUUACGGUGCUUCGGUGUAGUUCUAUCAUCAUCAUUUUCGAUAUGUUUUGAAUAAAAAAUCAUAAACCA